AUGCGACCGCUUGGUUCCCACGUGCGGACUGUGCCAUCAGUGCCGGAGACAUUGUAUCUACGAGAAGCAUUCCCGGACGCCACUGACCAGGAAAAGCCCAACUCGGGCUACAACUACCUCGGCCUGGCCGUGCGCAUGGCGACGGGCCUGGGCCUGCACAAGGAAUUCACGGGCUGGAAGAUCUCGCCGUUGCAGAUGGAGAUCCGGCGGCGGGACCUGACGGCCAACUCGAAAUCGUACCCCAACGAACGAGAAGCCAUAACACCAUACACAUCGGUCGGGCUACAAGCCAAGUUCCACACCGCGACGAACCGGAUCUACUCGCGGGUGAUCUCGAAGCCCUUCGCGACGGCCGAAGAGCUCAGGAACCUGGAGGACGACCUCCUCGCGCCUUGGCUGGCCAAGCUCCCCGAGUGGUUCCGCGAGGACUCGGUGGUGGAGCCCCGCUACGCCCUCGCCCACGCGGUGAUGCAGUGGCCCUACCGGAAUUUCCGCAUCAUAAUGUACCGGCCGCUCGUGAUACGGAUGGCGCUGGCCACGGGCCGAAACGGACGGGUGAUCAACAACGCGCCGGCUGCAGAGGUCCACGCGUAUAAUCAGUGCCUGGCAGACGCCGAUGUCACCAUCAAGUCGAUCAGCAAGUACUGGAUGACGAACGAGCACAAUCGGCUGGCUGCCUGGUAUGCCUUCCUAGACUUCUGCGCCGUCAGCCCUCUAUCCCUAGCUCAACAGUCUCUACAGGACUCAGAACGGCAAUGCUCUCUCAACGCAGCGAAAAACACGACCACCACACAGUCUUCAGGUUCCUCCGCGCAUGACGUGCCCCAGGAUGAAGAAGACACCUCAGGAGGGUGGACAGGCCCGCACACAUGCGCCGGGGACUACUGCGUCUACGCCCACCCGACCUUCGCCGCGGGCCGGGGCAUCGCGCUGAUCACCACCCCGGAGUCGGCCCAGGCCCUCGCCAACCUGCCCGUCUUCUCGGAACUAGGCAGCCCGGCCGCCGCAGCAGCCUUCAUCGCCUCGGCGGCCAUCAACGCCCGGAGCGCGGCGACGGAGGUGCGGCACAUCCCGGGCAAGGGGCGGGGCCUCGCCGCGUCGCAGCCCAUGCACCGCGGCACGCAGGUCAUGGCGUACACGCCGGCGCUGGUGCUCCACCGCAACCUGGUCGACGACCUGGGGCGGGCGGACCAGCUUCUCCUCCUGCGCGACGCGGUGGGCCGCCUCCCCCAAACCCCGACACGCGCCGCGUUCUGGAGGCAGCUGGGGCAGACGCACGCCGAGGGCGACGACGACAUCCUCGACAUCGUCAUGAACAACUCGUUCAACCUGCCGCUCCUGCCCGGCUCGGGGCUGGGCCCGUUCAUCGGGAACUUCCCCGAGGUGUCCAUGUACAACCACGACUGCCGGCCCAACGUCGCGUUCCACCUGGACCACGGGAUCAUCCACCGCACGACGGUGGCGGCCGCGGCCGGCGUCGCGGCCGGCGGGGAGCUGAGCAUCUCGUACGUGGACGGCUUCCGCGUGAGGGCCGUGAGGCGGGAGCGCACGAUGAGGAACUGGGGGUUCGGGUGCGCCUGCGCGCAGUGCGGCCUGCCCGAGGCGCUGGCCAACGCGAGCGACCACCGGCUGUGGCGGCUGUACGAGGUGGAGAACUCGCUGCUCCUGGGCUCCGGGGAUGGUGUGAAGCAGGGGGCCGGUAGGAAGAAGAAGGAAGACAAGGCGGCAUACGAGACGCGCACCCUGGAUGCGGUGGCGCUGCUGCUCUCCGUCUACGAGCAGGAGAGGCUGCUUGAGUCGCAGGGCUCGUCGGCGUACCGGAUUGCGGCGCUGAAUUAUAAUGCGUUCCGGAGGGCCGAGGGGGCGAUCAAGUAUGCGCUGCUAGCGUUGGAGCAGUUCGUGGUGGAGGAGGGCACGAAUUCUAUUGGUGUGAGGGAGAUGGUGGCUUUGUUGGACGACCCUGAGGGGCAUUGGAGCUGGGGCAAGAGAUUAUGA